GUUACUCCACAACCGGAGCCAAAGAGAAAAUUAGAGUUCAUGGUGGAGCGAUUUGUUCGGGGCACCAAUGAAGGGUGCGCUAGCAUGGACCUCCCAAUCGCCAACCCUAUCGACUCAACCUUCUUCAGGAGGCGGAGGAGAUCCGUCGAUGCACGGAAAGGCUAGGAGGACUUGUAGAGCAAAGCAUGUGCACAACUUGCUCACAAUCGCCUCCUACCAUUGGAAGAAAGAGAGGAAGUCGAAGAGACGAGCCAUGAGAAUUUUGGAAGAACGAGCUCCACCAUGGAUUUCCAACCCCUCCCUCCUCCCGGUUUGACACUAGAAGAGAAAGUGGUACGAGCUUGUGAAAACUAUCGCCUCUCAUUAUUGGAGGAGAAUAAGGAGGUUGAAGGGGCGCUCAAUGACAACCAUAUGAAGCUAGAGGAACUCACCCCAGAGACCUCUCAUGGUGAGGACGAACAAGAAGAUUGCAUUGACCACUCUCAUCAUCUUCCGCUUCCCGAAAGCAACUUUGAAGACCAAGACACGAGUGUGGAGGAGCAAGAGAAUCGUUCCUAUGAGCUUGCAUGGCAUCUUGCCCUCCAAACCGUGCUUGAAGACAUGAAUGGGAAGGAGGAAGAAGUGAUUGAAGAGGAGGAAGAAAGCAUUGAAGAGGGGGAAGAUUUUGAGUGUUCCCAAGGGGAGGAAAUUGAAGAAGAAGGAAGGGAGGUUGAGAAAGAAGUAGAAGGAGCAAGUGAGGUCCAAGAUGAAGACGAGGUUGUGGUGGAUGAAGCUUCAACAAGUUACAAGUGCAAACACAGCUUUCCACCUGACCUCGACGUGCUUUUAGAGAAGGACCCAUUUGCGGCUCUUUGCCAAGCCAAGGCCAAGCCAUCGACGAUCCCUCUUGGUGGAUGCGAUGGUGGUAAAUCGAUGAUGCACUACAUGGUGUGGGGCAAAGAGAAGAAGGAAGAAGGAAAGAAGAAAAUGUCUCAUGGGUGGAGCCUCAAAGCCACUCAAGUUCACGAGCCCUCAAUCAUAGACUCGUCUAAUGCUCGUGACUUGAGACAUCACCUCACCGACGAGAACCUCAACUUCAAGGAGGUUCUUGAUUGGACGAAACUUGAGGAGCAACCGUCCGGCUCAGGACGUUAAAGAAGUGUUUGGUGGGAGGCAACCCAACUAUCAACGGUUUGCAUCUCUUUUCCUUUCAAUAAGACGACCAAUGGAGAGAUUUUAGUGGUGUUUUGACGUCUCCUUGCUCUUCAGGAUCUCGCCCGACCUCCGAUCUUGACCACCAACAUUCACCUCAUAUCCGCUAACAUCGUUCUACUUCCCUAUUAUACGCCAUUGAGGGCAAUGUCAAGCUUAAGUGUGGGGGGUAGUCCUUUAUGCAUUUUUUGUGAAUGAUUGGUGUGAUUUUGAAUGCUUGGAGCCUUGAUGUAUUCCCAAAUUUGAAAAAAAAUUGAGGGCUCCAAGCAAUGCUUGUUCAAAAUGGCCAAUUGGAUGGUGAAUCUCGUGCUUAUUUGGAAUCGUUCUUGAAUUGUUGCAUAUAGUUGAGUGCAUCCUAUUAAGAUGAUUGAGAGUGCAUUUGGAUUGUGCGAAGGCUUAGUUCUCAUGUGUGCUUAAAUGAAUGGAAUUGCCUUGA